AUCUAAUCCACCAAAUAGGGUCUCCAAAUUAUGCAUUAAAUCGAAUAUUUCUGAAACCUAGAGUUCCAACAAUUUAAUCCUGUAAGCCUAGAAAGCCACUUUCUCUGAAAGUGCUUUUACAAGCAAGCAGAUUCUCGUUCUACACACUUUUGUUAGCUUUCUAACCUUGUUUCUCAGUCUUCAACAGAAGCCCAUCUCAACAAAAAACUUGUAUUUUGAGGCCAUAGCCAUGUCGAUCAGAAGCUCAAUAAGUUCUCCUUGCAGUUCUAGACAUUUGAAGGCUUCAGUUUUAAGACCUAGUUGUCUGAGUACUAAUCAUCGGGACGGAUGUCGUUUUCUCGGAAAUCGGAGCUUCUUGCAGCCCCUUAUCCUGAAGGUCGAAAGUGGUAGCCAGAAAAAGAUGGCCGUGGUUGUCAAUAGUGUUGAACCAGGAACUCCUCUUCCUUCUGAUCCUUCCGGUACUAAUUGGAAACUAUGGCUUGUGGGGAUGCUUUUCUCAAUAGCUAUACCCUUUUGGAAGAACAAAUGGUGGCCAUUGCAAAAUAUCAAAGCCCCAAUAUUAUGUACAGAGAGAUUUUCGACGGCGCUGGACAAAGUGGAAGAUGUGGCAGAAAUGGUAGAGAAGGUUGCUGGGGAAGUGGAGAAGGUGGCUGACGACAUUGCCGAUCAUCUUCCGGAAGGGAAACUUCAAAGGGCAGCAAGGAUUGUUGAAAGCGUGGCAAGAGAAGCAGGCAAGGAUGCUGCGCUAGCAGAUGAUCUCAUUGACAAGUUGUCAAUGCCUUGCUGUCUUUGUCUUGUUGUCAAUGAAGAGGUCUUGAGUUUUCUAGAUGGAGCUUGGAUGGUUUGAUCAGUUGAGUGGGUGGCUUUUCAUGAGGUGUGACACAUUGGACUUUAAGAUCUGGACUAUGUCCAAUAUAUGUUAGCCAGGUUAUAUAAGGUGCCAGCCCGUUGGAGUCCUCCACCUCCUCCUUUUGCCAAGCUCAAUGUCGAUGCUCGUUGGGAACAAGAUACAAAAUCGGGUUUCUCGGGGGUUGAACCUUUAUUGCUGCUAGGAGGAGCAGUAUUGUUGCUCAAUCUGCGGCAGUGGCAAAGGCGAUUGCGAUCCGUCAUGGCUGUGACAUGGGUGUUGCUAUGGGGUUCAAUUUUGUUGUGAUUGAAUCUGAUUCCCAGGAUUCUAUUUCUUGCCUUAAGGGUAAGAUUUCAAAUGGCAGGUGGGAGGCUUUUCCAGUGCUGACGAAGUGUAAACUGCUUGGAGAUUCCUUUCAAGACUGUCGCUGGUCUUGGACUCCAAGAUCAGCCAAUAUGGCGGCGGAUUCUUUAGCGUCGCGAAGAAAUGGGGAGAUGUGUGAUUUUACUUGGGUCGAUAGGCCGCCAUCUUCUUUGGUUCAUGUAUUAUGUAAUGAUGGACUUCCUUGUCCUCCUUGAGUUAGCUUUGGUAAUGGGAGGGGUGACGCUUGUUGUUUGUUUGUUGCGUCUGCUUCCUUCAACCCCUUGCAUUACCCGGGUUCCUCUGUUGUUUGCCUCUGGGUAGGCUUCUGUUGUUCCUUUGGCAUCUUUGCCCUGGUUUUUAAUCGGAUCCAGUUUCUCCAAAAAAAAAAAAAA